AUGUCUACCACAAAGCCUGUUACACCUCCCUCAUCUACCUUUGACUUUUCGAGCAUGGGCUUCCAGUACAGAGAUAUCAAUGGUUACGUGAAAUACACAUGGACCGAAGAAACUGGAUGGAGCAAAGGCACCAUGGAGAAAGAUCCCAUGUUGCAUGUUCAUAUGUGUGCAACUGGCCUUAAUUAUGGCCAACAGUGUUUCGAAGGCAUGAAGGCUUUCCGUGAUGCCGAAGGUCGUGUUCGUAUUUUCCGUCCUUAUGUCAAUGCUGCAAGAAUGGCACGUAGUGCAGACAUGGCUUUCAUGCCUACUAUCCCUGAGGAUGUCUUUGUUGAAGGAGUUCGUCGCUGUGUUGAAGCAAAUCUCGAAUAUGUGCCUCCCAAGGAAACUGGUGGAUCUCUCUACAUUCGUCCUCUCCUGUUUGGUAGUGGUCCCUACAUUGGCAUGGGCGCUGCUCCAGAGUUCACAUUUGUUGUAUUUGCUAUGCCUGUUGGAUCCUUCUAUACUGGCGGUGUUCAGCCUGUGGAUGCUAUUGUCAUUGAAGAUUUCGACAGAAGUGCUCCUAAUGGUACUGGUGGAACCAAGUUGGGUGGUAAUUAUGCUCCUACUUUUGGCCCCAUUAUGAAGGCCAAGAAGGCUGGUUAUGCUCUUACUCUUCAUCUUGAUUCCAAGACGCACACCAACAUUGAUGAAUUCUCCACCUCCAACUUUGUUGCUCUUACAUACCCUGAUGCCAAUGGCGUUCGUACCUUUGUCACACCCGACUCCAACUCAAUUUUAAGAUCUGUCACUCGUCUCUCGCUCGAGGAUAUUGCAAAGAAGUUGGGAUGGAAGGUUGAAGAAAGAACUGUUGCAUUGAAGGAGGUUGAGGAAGGUAAAUUCGAGGAAGUUGCUGCUUGCGGUACUGCUGCCAUCAUCACACCUGUCAAGAAGAUUGUUCGUGGCGAUCAAACCAUUUUGAUUGGCAGUAAAGAGCAAUCUGAAAUUGGCGAGGGUUUUAAGAAGUUGUACGAUGAGUACCGUGGUAUUCAAAGUGGCGAUAUUGAGGACACCUUUGGCUGGAUGUGGCCCAAGGAAGGAUUGUAA